GCAGGUGGGGCAAUCUGCGCAGAUCCUGUUCCUCUCGCAUUUCUGUCCUGAGCUUGCAGCGCAGUUUGACAAAGCCGAAGGUGCACUUCAGCUAGCGGAGAACCGGGAUGUGAGCCACAACGGUCAGUUUCCGCCUGCUAUGGGGCAGGAACCGUUACCUGGGCGCUCCAGGCCGGCGCCGCCGGCUGCAACUAGCAACCAUGCGGCCGUUUCGAACUUUCGGCUGAAUCAGCGAGAAUCUGGCAUUUCAGACGCGGGCACACAAACUCGUGACAGCAAGGAGUGUUCAGACGAUGAGCCAGGGGAGGAGUCCUGGCAUGAAUGCCAGGCAUUCCUAGUUGAAGAUGACAUUGUGGGCUCGUUGCACCGGGACGCGACAACGCAGUCGGCGUCAAACCGCAGCAGGGACGAGCUUCCUGCCCAGCCUUUCACACAGCCACGACACGAUCAGGAACGCCAGACGCGGGACACGGAGAGAGAAGAGGGCCACGCGGUCUCUACGUCCAGGACAAGGUCUGAAGGGUCACAGGACGCAUUUCAUCCCACCGAUCAUCAAGAGAACGUGGAGAAGGACGAAGUCGAGAAGGAUCAAUUUGGCUUUCCGACCUCAUUGCCUCAGAGCUCGGGGCAGGUUGGCAGCAUCGAGUGGGAUCCAGACAAGCUGCUGAUGCCCGGCCUGCUGCAAUAUCUCUCGGUGGAUGAGAUUUUGAAGUGGCGCCUGAUAUCUCGACAGACCAAGGAACCCCAGGCCUUGAUACACCAUGUGGCAGAGCUCGGCAGAUUGGACAGGCCCGCAUCGAUAUUGGAAUUUGCAAAUUCCAUAACGCAGUUCGUCGAAGAGCCUCAAAUCAGCACAAGGGCCCAAGCAUUUGACGGUGAUGCUGAACGCCAGAAACUCUUCGACUGUAGGUGGUGGUGCAUGGUGAUGGCAAGCGCUAGAACAACGCAUUUUGCAGAGCAACAUGUGCAACGCAUCGUGGAAGACAACUUGCGCAGUCUGCUGCAGCACUGUUCUCACACUGACAUGAGCUUCUGCAGAGAUGCUCACAGCAUUGUCUUCAACUACGGGCAAGGUGCGCUUCCGUGGGUGCAGAAACUGAUUGCAGAAGCCAUGCAGGAUCUGAUUGAAGACCUGUUGGCAUCCGCUGAGAUCAGCGAAGACACUGUGCAUUUGGUAUGCUUGUGCUGUGCACCACUGGAAAACGUCCUACGCUCGCUGGGAAGGCCUCAGCGUCAGACGUGGGUGUCCCUUCUGGUAAGGCUUCUAUUCUUGCCUGAAUUUUCUUCAGAAUGGUUGUUCAUCGUCGACGACUUGAUGCUCCUUUGGCGAUCUGAUGAUGAUCCCAAGAGAAACUUUGCAGAAGCAGAACAGCAGAUCUGGGCUCUAAUGCGAUCGACUACAUCCCGAGACCUCUUCGGCGAGCACUCCCAGCGCUUCAAGCCCGAGGGCCCAACGCUCCUGACCGGCUCUGCGGCCACGUCCGCUGAGAAGCCGACAGAG